GGAACUCAGCUGGAUGCUUUGCAGAGAAAACUCCGUGAAGUAUCUACAAAGUAUCAGCUUUUCCAGAAACCAGCCAAUUUUGAGCAGCGCAUGUUGGAUUGCAAGCGGGUGCUGGAUGGUGUAAAAGCAGAACUUCAUGUCUUGGAUGUGAAGGAUACUGACCCAGAUGUAAUCCAAACUCAUCUGGACAGGUGCAUGAAACUCUAUAAGACCCUCAGUGAGGUGAAAUUGGAAGUUGAAACUGUCAUCAAGACAGGAAGGCAAAUUGUGCAGAAACAACAGACAGAUAAUCCCAAAGGGAUGGAUGAACAACUGACAGCAUUGAAAUUCCUUUACAAUGACUUAGGGGCACAGGUGACAGAGGGAAAGCAAGAUCUCGAAAGAGCAUCCCAGCUGGCACGCAAAAUGAGGAAAGAGGCUGCCUCUUUGUCUGAGUGGCUAGCUACCACUGAAGCUGAACUUGUGCAGAAGUCCACUUCAGAGAGCUUGCUUUCUGAUCUGGAUUCAGAAAUUACCUGGGCCAAAAAUGUGCUGAGAGAGCUGGAGAGGAGGAAAGCUGAUCUGAAGAGCAUCACAGAAAGCUGCACUGCGCUCCAGGCUCUGGUGGAAGGGAGCGAGACUUCCCUGGAGGAGAAACUGUGUGUUCUUAAUGCUGGCUGGAGCAGAGUUCGGACCUGGACUGAGGACUGGUGUGACACCUUGUUGAAUCAUCAGAGCCAGCUGGAAAUAUUUGAUGAAAAUGUUGCCCACAUAAGUACUUGGUUGUAUCAGGCUGAAGCCUUGCUGGAUGAGAUUGAGAAAAAGUCAGCAAGCAAAAAGGAGGAAACUGUGAAGCGCUUAACAUCUGAAUUAGAUGAUGUUAGUCUGAGAGUGGAUAAUGUGCGUGAUCAGGCUAUUAUCCUGAUGAAUGGUCGUGGGGUGUCAUGCCGUGAACUUGUUGAACCCAAACUGGCAGAACUGAACCGCAACUUUCAGAAGGUCUCUCAGCACAUCAAAAGUGCCAAGAUGCUUGUUGGACAAGAACGACUUCCUGUCAUGUCCGAGCCCCGUGAAGUCAGAGUAGGCUUUCCAGACCUGGAAAAAUUUGAGUGUGACAUACAGAAUAUGUUAAAAGUUGUAGAAAAGCAUCUGGAGUUGAGUGGGGAAGAUGAAAAGCUGGAUCAAGAAAGAGCUCAGAUUGAAGAAGUUUUACAGAGAGGAGGGCAGUUGUUACAGCAGCCUAUGGAAGACCAUAAAAGAGAGACGAUCCGCAUACAGCUGUUGCUUCUCCAGAAAAAGUACAACAGUGUGCAGGAGUGCAGGUCAUUUCAAAGGAGGCAGGUGGUGGAACUCUCUCCAGUGUUUUCCCAGUAUAAGAAGGAACAUGACAGUCUAAUGAAGUGGCUGGAUGAGGCUGAGCACCGUCUGUCAGGGCUGCAAGGUGUGGAAGAUGAACAAAAACUGCAG